AUGGGUGAUGCAACAACCAAGUGUUCUGCUGGAGAAGAGAAUGACAGAAUCAAGUAUGCUAUGUCAUCUAUGAAAGGAUUUCGUGAUGAAAUGGAAGAUGCUCUCACAGCUGUCCUAGAUCUAGAUGGUUACAGUUCCACAUCAUUCUUUGGUGUUUAUGAUGGCCAUGGAGGAGCUGAUGUAGCAUUGUAUUGUUCAAGGCAAUUUCAUAUUGAGCUCACCAAGGAACCAGACUAUGGCAACAAUCUGCGUACCGCACUGGAGCAUGUGUAUUUCAGAAUUGAUAAGAAGUUGAAACGAUCGGAUGAAUGGAAAAGGGAGCCAGCUCAUCCUCCUGUUAAUAGAACUUGGAAAAACUUGCUCAGGGCUGCUCUUUGUGAUCCUAAGGAACGUUAUGUUCCCCCCCUACAGGAAGGAACCACAGCAUGUGUGGCUCUCAUUAGAGGUAACCAGAUUAUUGUUGGAAAUAUUGGUGAUUCCCGUUGUGUACUCUCAAGGAAUGGUCAGGCAAAUGAUCUAUCCACCGAUCACAAGCCAGACCACCAACAGGAAAGGGCGAGAAUUGAAAGGGCAGGAGGUCAAGUAACCAGGGAUGAGAACCCUCAGAGAGAUAUCACAGGACGACUAGUUAGUAUGGACUUGGGCAUCCAUCGCAUCGGGGGGAAAUUAGCCAUAUCCAGAGCGAUUGGUGAUUUUCAAUACAAGCAGAACAAAACUUUGUCUCCUGCAGAACAAAUUGUGACAUGUAGUCCGGACAUUCGCACUGUGGACAUAACUGAUGACACUGAAUUUCUUAUUAUAGCAAGUGACGGUAUCUGGGACGUCAAGUCAAGUCAAGAGGCGGUCGAUUUUGUAAGGCAGCGUUUGCAAUCCGGGGAGACAAAUCUGCGUGCCAUUUGUGAGAGACUUCUUGAUUCAUGCCUGGGCCGGAGAAUGAGUGACAAUAUGAGCGUGAUAGUGGUUGAGUUCAAGGCGGGCGCCCGCGCCAACCCCACUGCCACUGCUGAAGCCAGGGCUGACGAAAUCGAGGUCAACAUCGAAGUGGGGCAGUCCAGCAGCGCAAAUGUGGAAGGGGGGCAGCCCAGCAACGGAAAUGAUGACGACGACGGCUCUGUCAACGGCUGCAUAGGAUGCUUCGGCCGCUUGGAUAUGUUUGAGGCCGGCGAGGACUGA